UAGGGUUUGAGUCUCAACCACUCUUUUAAAGCACAGUCUCACAUUCCUCAUUGCCUUUGUUUCCUCUCUCUCUCUCUCUCUCUCUCUCUCUGGAUUUUGAAUUUGAGAUUGAAGAAGAUGAUGCAACCUGGACCCGGCAUGGCCCAACAACCCAACCAGCAAUACCAACAACAGCAACAGCAGCAGCAGCAACAACCCUACAUGAUGAUGCCGCCGCAGCCUCAGCCCCCUCCCAUGUGGGCCCCAUCGGCCCAGCCUCCGCCCCAAUCGGUCGCUCCUCCGCAGCCCACCAGCGCCGAUGAGGUCCGUACCCUCUGGAUCGGCGAUUUGCAGUACUGGAUGGACGAAAAUUAUCUCUACACCUGUUUCGCACACACCGGCGAGGUGGCCUCAGUUAAAGUUAUUCGAAACAAACAAACUAGUCAAUCAGAGGGAUACGGGUUUAUUGAGUUUACCAGUCGUGCUGGUGCUGAGAGAAUUCUGCAGACUUACAAUGGCACCAUUAUGCCAAACGGUGGGCAGAACUUCAGAUUGAAUUGGGCAACUUUUAGUGCAGGUGAGAGGCGUCAUGAUGACAGCCCGGACCAUACCAUAUUUGUUGGAGACCUGGCUGCUGAUGUUACGGAUUAUCUUCUGCAAGAGACAUUUCGGGCACGAUAUCCCUCGGUUAAGGGGGCCAAAGUUGUAAUUGAUAGACUCACAGGCCGGACAAAGGGUUAUGGUUUUGUUAGGUUUGGAGAUGAGAGUGAACAGGUUAGAGCUAUGACUGAAAUGCAAGGGGUUCUUUGUUCAACAAGGCCCAUGCGAAUUGGACCGGCCUCUAAUAAAAACCCUAGCACUCAGUCUCAGCCAAAAGCAUCAUAUCAGAAUCCUCAAGGGGCACAGAACGAGAAUGAUCCAAAUAAUACAACUAUUUUUGUCGGCAAUUUGGAUCCUAAUGUUACGGAUGACCAUUUGAGACAAGUUUUUGGACAGUAUGGAGAGUUGGUUCACGUGAAGAUUCCAGCUGGCAAAAGAUGUGGAUUUGUUCAAUUUGCCGACAGGAGCUGCGCAGAAGAGGCUCUGCGGGUUUUAAACGGCACACUUUUGGGUGGACAAAAUGUUCGGCUUUCAUGGGGCCGAAGCCCCUCAAACAAACAGGCCCAACCUGAUCCAAACCAGUGGAAUGGUAGCGGAUAUUAUGGAUACGCUCAAGGUUACGAAAAUUAUGGUUAUGCUCCUGCUGGCCAGGACCCCAAUAUGUAUGGCAGUUAUCCUGGCUAUGCAAAUUACCAACCACCCCAGCAACAGCAGCAAAUGGGAUAUAGCUAAAAAGUUCAUUUCUGCCCCCAAUUUUCCCGGUUUCUUUUGUAAUCCUAUCCAUGACACUCGUUUUGGUUGCUUCUCUUUUGUUGUCUUUUGGAGAACAAACUUGGCUCUUCUUUUUUAGUUUCCUAUGAUUGCUAAUAGCAUUAACAUUUUAUGCCUACUUUAUUUUGUAUCCAUAAAAUAUUGCUUGCUUGAUGAACCGAUCCGCAUUUGAUAUCUGGUAGUUGUUUACCCUCCAGUGGGUGGCAAGUGUUUAUGAAUGCGAUAGUGUCCUUGUAA